AUGGCGCAGCGCAUGCUGCUCCUGCUGCUGGCGGCCGCCCUGGCCCCGACCCAGACCCGCGCGGGCUCACACUCUCUGCGGUAUUUCCACACUGCCGUGUCCCGGCCCGGCCUCGGGGAGCCCCGCUACAUCGCUGUCGGCUACGUAGACGACACGCAGUUCGUGCGCUUCGACAGCGACGCGGAUAAUCCGAGAUACGAGCCGCGCGUGCGGUGGAUGGAGCAGGAGGGGCCGGAUUAUUGGGAGCGGCAGACACAGAUCGCCAAGAGCAACGAGCAGUGGAACCGAGAUAGCCUGAGGAACCUGCUCGGCUACUACAAUCAGAGCGAGGACGGCUUUCACACGCUCCAGGGGAUGCUCGGCUGUGACAUGGGGUCGGACGGGAGUCUCCUCCGUGGGUACUGGCAGUACGCCUACGAUGGCUGCGAUUACAUCGCCCUGAACGAAGACCUGGAAACGUGGACCGCGGCGGACAUGGCGGCGCAGAUCUCCAGACACAAGUGGGAGCAGACUGGUGAUGCAGAGAGACAGAGGGCCUACCUGGAGGGCACGUGCAUGAAGUGGCUCCGCAGAUACCUGGAGCUCGGGAAGGAGACGCUGCUGCGCACAGAUCCUCCAACAGCACAUGUGGCCCAUCACCCCAGAUCUGAAGGUGAUGUCACCCUGAGGUGCUGGGCCCUGGGCUUCUACCCUGCUGACAUCACCCUGACCUGGCAGUUGAAUGGGGAAGACCUGACCCAGGACAUGGAGCUUGUGGGGACCAGGCCUUCAGGGGAUGGAACCUUCCAGAAGUGGGCAUCCGUGGUGGUGCCUCUUGGGAAGGAGCAGGAUUACACUUGCCAUGUGCAACAUGAGGGUCUGCCUGAGCCCCUCAGCCUGAGAUGGGAGCCUCCUCCAUCCACUGACUCAAACAUGGCAAUCAUUGCUGUUCUGGUUGUCCUUGGAGUUGUGGCCAUUGUUGUACCUCUGGUGGCUUUUGUGAUUAAGAGGAGGAGAAACAAAGGUGGAAAAGGAGGAGACUAUUCUCCAGCUCCAGGUUAGUGUUGGGGACAGAAUUGUCCUGAGGCCAUUGGAGUGACGCUGGAGACGUUGGUAGCUCUGGGAAUCCAUAAUAGCUCCUCCAGAGAAAUCUUCU